AUGAAUACUGGAGUCAGCACCCAGAACUUCACGACAUUCCAAUCUACUAUGCUUCAUCACUAGCAAAAAAGUGUAUGGCUGUUUAUCAAACCUUCAUCAAUGCCAUGAACGAAAGGAUCCGUAGGCAAAUAGCAAUUAACAAUCCGUUUGUGUUCAAACAUAUCUCAAAUUUAAAAGGUAUAGAUCAUUUUGAUGACAUUGGUCCAUGCGUGAUUAUGGCUACACCUGGUAUGCUGCAAAAUGGUCUCUCAAGAGAAUUGUUUGAAUCAUGGUGCACAGAUUCCAAGAAUGGAGUCAUCAUUGCCGGUGAGUUCUCUUGCA